UAAACUAUGGAUCAAUAUUUUACAUAUAUACCCCUAGUUUGGAUCGCGACUAUUAAUCGCGAUCCAAAUUAGGGGGUAUAUUGCAAAAUGUCCUCCUAAAAUUUACAAAUGAAUCCUCUUCUUUGGUAAUGAGCAGGUCAUUCUUCCCUCCGCCGGCGCCGGCAGCCUCCGUCCAGAGCGCAAGAUCCAACCUAUCCGCCUCUGUGCCGGGCAGUUGCCGGGGGAGGAGAAAGGGGAGCCGCGCCCAGCGUCGAGGCUGAAGCAGUGCCCGCACGCGAAGGCACUGUCGCGGCCGCCAUACCGCGUGGCGGCGAAGCCCGUGGGCGCGGUGGCGGUGGCGGCGGCGGCGGCGAAGGGGAGCACGUGGCGGAGAAGACCGUGGGCGACUCCCGACCCCACACGGGGCAAUCACGGCCUCACCUCCGCGGAACGCUUCUCCGCCUCCGCCUACCAAUCUACCAGCUGCUGCGUGAAGGCUGAACCGCCCCGCCAUCACCGUGAGACCGUGAGCAUCGUCACUCCCCUCCUGUCUUCAGUCUCCUCCUCUGUAGAAUGUACUCCAAGACUCCAAGUGGGCCAGGGGACAAUAGCAACACAAAAUCCUUCUUCGCGGGCAAAGCAAUGGAGACCUCUGCAGCAACCCCAACCAGCCCGUCCCACCCACCCGCCGCUUCCCCAUCGCCGUCGCCCUCAUCGCUGAGGCUGUGGAGGUCGGCGGCGCAUCGCAACGUGCGCAACCAAUGGUCGCAUAUCCACGCCGCCAAGGAACAGUGGCUAUCUGCCGCUUUUGACGGCCGCUCCCACACCUCCAACCUCGUCAACGCCCACCUCUCCCGCAGGGGCAUGCCGGCGAUGGAUUUGGGAGUGCUCAAGGACAUGCCAGGGAUCCGAGAUAAGGCAAGCUCCAAGUUGGCGCGUAGAGAGGAGCAAUACCAAGACAUGCUUGUGUCGUCCUACAAGAAUAUGGUCCAUGCUCUGUGUUGCUUGGUUAAAGCUUCCCGUUCUAUGCGCUGUUUUUCCAAAGUGUCCCCAAAUAAUUCUGUUGCCCAAUUUUCUGAACGACAAGAUGAUUUAAAUGAUUCAGGGGAUGGUGGAGGUGCCCCAGUAUUCAAAUGGUUUUCGAUAAUAGAGUUUGAGAGUUUUGCCCAGGAGCUUGUUGAGAUGUUUGUUUCAGACCUAAAGUUGAAGAGACUGCUAGUCUUGGAACUUCUCUCAGUUACUUUCAAGGAAGGUGUAGAACAUCAGACAUUAUUAGAUUGGGGUGAUGAACUAUAUGAUGGUGAAUCAAACGAACUUCAGAGUAUCGGCCUUGAGUCAGGUGGAACCUGCCCACUGCCUGAAAAUUGGUGUGACGAUAUUUCAGGGAGUCGGCGACCUGGCAAUCCCCCUUCAUACGAAGUUUUACAGGUUUAUUUAACUGCUUGGCUUGCAAAUGUGAACAUCAACAACAGUAGAAUCGAUGAAAUAUUUGAGCUUGUUGAGGAGGAGAUGAAAAUCAAAUUUUCUUGAAGAUUUUGGUGCAUCUUGCUGGACCAUUUUCAAGUAAGAUGGAAAAGAGAAAACUAUUAUGUUACUAUUCACCUGCUCUUCAUCUAGUGUGUUCCCCUUUGCCUUAUUAAGUCUUGAUAGCUUAUCUAAGCUCUUGGAAUGUAGUACUACUCUCAAAAAUGCUUGGGGACGUAAAGAUUUAGUAGCUGAAAACCACAUACAGGUUCACCAAGCCAGAACAAAACCAUUUUAUUUACCCAAUGUAGGAUCACCCCAGAAUUGCAUUGUGAGAAUAUCAUUGAGCAUAAUCUGUUCUUCAAACUACAACAGUCAUUAGAUGGCUCCCGAGUUUUGAUGCUAAUUAGCCUAGCUUCAAGUUUGUAAAUGUGCAAUAUCAAUCUUGGUGACACGUGCAAGACAUGCCUUGCUUUUGUUGGUUUUCAGUAUAUUUCUGGAUUAGAGA